CAGCCUCCCACACCACUGACUUCAGUUGAUUUUAAUUAUCCAUAGCUGUCGGACGGUACGUGCGGGCGGCGGGCGCUGCGAAAUCUCAUUGUUUUUUUUAUGUGUUUUAAAAAAAUUUCAUUUGUGUAUUAAAAAUAUAUAAAAGACGGAUAAUAAGUGAAUUAUUUAAUGCAAUUUGUAUGCCAGAUUCAAACGGUGCAAAAGGGCGGAAGACGGAUACGAGGGAAACAAUAAACCAAAAGGCAUAAGAAACUGCCAAGAAGAGCUGGCAGCCGGCAGUAACUGAAGCAGCGUUAUCAACUGUCGCCGUCUAUAAGGCCAUGAACAAGGCCGGCAAGCACAUUCAAAGCGGCGCCACAGCCAUCGGUGGUGGCAACUCCGGGUUGGCCAGUGCAACCGCAUUGUUGGGUCAGCCACAACAACCGGCAAAUGCAUCAGCGGCAGCAAUAGGCGCAGGUGCACCGGGGACAGCUAAUGGAUCUGCAACAAGUCCUAUGAAUGUGUUCAAUUCUAUAAUGAGCUUCCUGCCGGACAAUCGGCCCAUCACCUCUUUGCAUAUCGUUGAGGACUUUGAGCGAUGCCCAAAGAACUUUAGUGCCAUACAUCGCACUUAUGAUCAGGAUGCAGAUGCCGAUCUGUGGCGUGACUACAAUAUACUCUUUGGCCGCCAGACAACACGCUAUCUGUGCCUGUCCAAAUCCGAGGGUCUGCCCGAAUAUGUCGUGGAGACGCUUAAAGUCAUUGCUGAAAAGGUGGCGCCGCCAAAGGAGUUCUCAUUGUUGUCACGCACCGCCGACAGCGAUCAGAAGGCUUGGCGCAAGCGUCAAAUAGCAUACAAGUUAUCCAAACGAGGCACUGUCACCCAUGCCGUCACUGAUGUAAUACUCUGUUCGAAGCUUAAGAUAGCGCCCGAUGGCUUUAAGCUGGCUGGUGAUAUAAAUGGCGUAUUAAUUUGUUAUAAAACUGGUGCCAUUCCAGUGCGUUUGCCACCCCCUGUGCCAGGGAUCAGCUGUGAGGUUGAGCAAGCGCUUAAUCGUCUCAAUUUACACGGCCAACGUGGCCCACGUGGACCGGUGCCUGCAUCGACUGAACAUCAUGACUAUGAAGAAAUUCAAGCGCACUAUCAAAUCAAUUCGCCACAGCGACCGGCGCCACCGCGUCCUGCAUCGACAGCAGCAGCAGGAACAGCAACUAGUACUGGACGCGCGGGAUAUGGCGGCACUGGCACCCUUGGCACUUAUACCGAGCUGGAAGGCGUGCCAUUUACCAUGAAUGCCAUGCUCCAGCGUGACCAGCGAAUUACUGAUCUGCCCACACUGCCCGAAAUCUCAACACUGCUGAAAACGUUGGACUAUGACUUCCAGUUGGAACGCCAGAUCUUAUGCACCAUGAAAUCAUCGGCCUCAAAAAAUCCAUUCUUUCAGUAGAGCCCACACAUCAUACCAUCUCACCAUCGUCCAUGUUCCUGUCCCUGUCACCGCCCCGUCCCGCGUCUAUUUCAAAUUCUAAGCAAUAAUUAAUUUAAAUAAUUACAAAUAUACUAAAUUAGUUUUAACUAAUCGAAAUGUACUUACGUGUGUGUGAACGAGUAUCAUGAAUAGCCCGAGUGCAGUCGAGUACUGCCCAAUCAGCUUAUAUUCAUGUGUAAGUUCACUUCGAUUCAGAUUCAAUUAUGUUCUUAAAAGACCUCAGCCCAUAUAUUUGUGUAUAGAUUCCUGUGCCUUUGAUAAUAUGUAUCUAAUUUAAUUAUAUAUGUAGUAUAUUUACCAUAUGCAUUCAGCUGUUAUCUGAAUCAUUUAAUCAUGUGCAUACAUAUACAUAUAGACAUAAAUAUAUUUAAAAGAUAUAAACAAAUGAAUUACCCCGCAUUGUGAUCGUGAACAAAUGUAUGUCAUUAUUAUUUUUAGUUUUUAACUGAAUUAUCCGUAAAUCAAUUAAAACUCAUUGAUUUAUUCGGCAUCAACUUAUCUAUAUACUGUGUACAACCUUCUCUCAUAUAAUACAAAAAAUAAACACACAUAUACACAAGCACACCCUGUUAACAAGUAUUUAUAUAAAAUAAUAACAAAUACAUACAAGCUAGUUUAUUUAGGUAUUUAGUCUAAUGUUAAAGCUGAACAAGUCACACGUAAGCCAGCGAAAGUAUUGAAAUAAACAAAAGUUGCAUGCAAACAUUUAUAUAAUAUUGCAGAUUACAGAUGACAGUUAUACACAUAUACACAGACAUAUACUUAUACAUACAAUUACAAAUACAUAAAAUGCAUAUGUAAUUAAAUAGGUCACUUAGCACAGUAACGCCAGUUGGUAAUUUAAAUAUUGUACGGUAGCUCUAGAGACGCAUAGACUGUACGCGUAAUUAUGUUAAACAAAUCAUUGGCUCUUCCCCUUACACCGCCCUCAACAACCCCAAAAAUAAAAUGUUAUGCAGAUGUUCAAAUUAAAAAUAAAUAUAUAUAUAUACAUA